AUGGCAAUAAUUGAACGUGCCUUUUCCUACGGCGGUAUCCUCAUCAGAACCUUUCAGCAUGUCGACUCUCCCCCCACAGUCCCACAGCCGGCGUCCUCGGGGGCGCCUUCACCAGCAUGGAUCUCGGAGCAGCUCCCACCCCCGAAACGGCCUCGAACCAGAAAGAAGCGACAAACCAACCCUCCACAGACCCCCGUUCAACUCGAUUUAUCGUCGCUACUUACACCUGACACCACCACAUCAGAGAGCGGAAGUCUACGAGAUGCUGGGCCAAAUCCAUCAUCAGCGUUGAAAGACCUGCCACAUUACAUCUCUCUGCUCACGCCCGUGGAGCUUCGCGCUAUUCAAACGCGUAAUCGCCGAGGGAAACAAUGGAUCCCACCGGAGUCAACGGUACGGAAAGAGCUCGUGAAAUUAGGGAGAGGAAUUAACGGGGAGACUGCGCCCGUCCACGCGAAUAGAUCCAAGGCUGCAGAGGCCCCGGUUCGGUACAUGCAGGAGACAGGGCGUGCCACGGAUAUCGACCGCUUUGCUGUUAGUGGGGUAUUAGGAGUUCCUAGCAUGCAAGAGGAAUCAAUGUUGGACAAUCUUGAUGAGCAGUUCGUUGCAAGUGACCACGGCGCGAUGGAUGGGAGAAUUGAAUGGCUGGCCCCGAGAAGUGUUCUAGAUAAGGACAGUAACAAUGGGAAUGGGAUUUCGAGAGGAUCUGGAAGAGGAAAUGAAUAUAUCCACCCUUCUCCAGCUCAUGGAGUAACGUUACCAUCACCAAUACCGGUAUCAACAAAAGAUGACCAGCAAGGGCUGUAUCUACCUCCUCUGUCCACUCACGUGACAAAUAGUGAAUCUACCAAUAAUACUCGAAGCCUAGUGGUCAAAUUGUCACUACCAAGUACAGCUCAGAAGUCUCGAGUUCUACCUGCAGAGCCCGCCCCCACGCCGGUCCAAGCCAGUUCUAUGGGUUCCCUUCGAACACAGACAACGACUCCAAAUUUCGCAGCGGACUCAGCUCCCUCCGCUCAGCGUGGGCGGGGUCGUGGCCGCCCCCGCAAAAGUCUACAUGCCAUUGAUAUAACCCAAGAAGCGCAAUUAAUAGCUGCACCGCAAUCAUUGGCUCCAUCGUUAUCACCUACUGCACCACAACCCCCGACUGCUCCCAGUCCCGUACUGACAUAUACCCCAUCACAAUCUCCCCAGAAGCGGAAAAGGACGUCUUUAUCUCCUGAUCUCACCGAUACCACAAAGCCCCCAACUCUCCAUUUCCACUCAGUGCCCGAACUCCUCUCCCACUUCACAUCCACGGUCACCUCAUCAUCAUCAGGUUUCAUCCCCCGGCCCGUAAGAGUAUGCUACACGCUCCCAAAAUCCGCACUGUCAGCAUACGUUCAUGAACCCGGAGACAAACAAUACAAAGCCUUUGGCGUAGAUCUUGUCGCCCAAAUCUCAGUAAUUGACAAAUUUCAAUGGCGGAUCGCACACUCUCAAUGGAGUAUAUCCAAUGGCAAGCAUACCCCAGGUGCCAGGUGGGUUUGUAAUCUGAGUGAAGAGGGUUCUCGAGACCGUGGUUCAAGGGGCGGUGCACCGUCGGGGGUUGGGGUGAGGUCGGGUGGUUUUGGUGGUAAGUCCAAUAUCACGCCGGUAAUGCCAGAAACUAAUGAGUCCUAG